GGAAGAGCUCACCGCGAUAAUUUCCCAAGAAUUACACAUCGACGUUGCCUUCCCUUGUUUUUCCGUCGAGGAACAAACUGGGGCUACUGCUUGUUGCGUGGUUUGUGUUAAUGAAGCCACCAGUGACAUUAACACUGGCAACAAUCCCGAUCAAAGUAACGAUUAUCGCCAAGCACCAACGACCAACGUGUUGGUCAGUGUAUUUCUGAAACGGAAAUUAUCCGAUAACAUAAGUAAGCCACAGUUAUACUCUCGAAAACCUCAUGACAACGAUAUCUCGCAAAAAAAAUCCAAAGAUAAAUUUGAUUAUUCGUUAAGAUAUUUCCUCAAGGAACAAUAUGAGGGAAAACCUAUAUUAGACUUGGCUGAAAUAGAAGCACAAUACGAAAGCUAUUUCCCACUUAUUCAGGACGAAGAUCUUCAAAAUGCCAAAGGGUCAACCGAGUUGGAACAACAAUUGACCAGACAGAAGGUAUUCGUGGAGAAGUUUAUAGAGAUGCUUUAUCCGGAGAGUGCGUACUUUCGAAUAUUACCACAGCUGGAAAAUGACGUUUUAUCGGUGGAACUACGUUCACAACCUGAUUGGUCAUCGGACAUGCCGAUAACGACGAGUCCCAAUCUCAUUGAUGUGUUCGCAGUCCUGGAGUCGGAUAGAGCUUACUAUUUUAUAGCUCCCUAUCGAGGGACCACGUUGCAAGAUUUGUUGAAAUAUAGUUCUGGCGUAUUAAAUUCCAACAGGAGUAAUUCACGGAGGGUAGAUGUCUAUGAUGUCGAUGCUUUAGUGAUUAUUCAUAUUUUCCAAUUACAUUCAUCGACGAGUCGAUUUUAUCAUUUAGGCUCAAACUUUCAAACAUACUUGUUGAUGAAAAUUUAUGGAUUACACUCACAGGAUUUGAGUGUUCCGUUCCUAUCACUGUUGGGGGAUCAGCGGACCAUUCGUCAAAAACCUCUUGUAGAUCAGGUUUCACAGUCUGUUAACGAUUUUGUGAUGGAAAAUAUUCCCAGAGAAAUCAAGGACGACUCACCUACAAUGAAGUGGGUGCGUGGAGAUAUUUCAAAUUUUGAUUACAUAAUGAAUUUAAAUAAUCUCGCUGGUAAAUACGUGUUUUUUUAUCGCCGCUCUUUGUUUAUGGAAUCUCACACGCUGGUUACCUAUAGGUCGUCGAAUCGGGGAUCCCAACUUUCAUCCGAUUUUCCCGUGGAUUACCGACUUCACCGGUUCGUCGGGGACGAACAAUUGGAUUUCACGUUUGACGGACCAGUUCCUCAUCAUAUAACCGACAUACUGUCUGAUAUUACAUACUAUGUGUACCUUGCGCGAAAAACCCCCAUCCCGUUUGAGGAAGUAAUGGCAUCGGUUUCACUUUCAAAUCCAAUAUUUACCAUUAGUGACAUUGGCGACAGGUGGGCAUCAACGGCCGAGGAAUUCAUACGCUUACACGCGGAAGCACUGGAAAGCGAUUAUGUAUCGAAGAAUCUUCAUUUAUGGAUAGACCUGACCUUUGGAUGCAGGCUUAGUGGUGAUGACGCUGUUGAGGCCAAGAAUGUUGCCUUGCCUCUUUUGGAUGGACAAAACUCCUUUAUGAAACACGGCAUCACGCAAUUGUUUUCCGAUUCGCAUCCUCAUAAAAUUAUAAAUUCAGCUCAGGAGAGCGACGAAAUGAUAUUUGAUAGCAUGCUGGUGACAACGAACGACAACAGAUCAUUGCGUGAGAAAUACGAAUCUAUAUCAAGCAAGAAGCGAAUACCCUCAAAAAUUUUGGAUACCAGCAAGAUAACUUCCCAACACAUAGUGGAGAUCUCCAACGACUUGCUAGUUGGAUUGGAAAAAACCACAGGAAAACACCAGUCCAUAGCUGGUCACGCAUCACCCAAACUGGCAUCGGCAUUGCAUGAAAUUGUCAACGCUGAUGAAAAGGAAAUAUCUUCAUCAACGUUAGAUCCAAAGGACCCUAGUUUUCGCAUUGAAGCUCUAUCAAAUCUAGUAAAUUCCUUGCCAAUACACCUUCCCGAUGAAAUGGAAGAUGAUUAUUUCACAGAUAGCUUAGAUAACUUUGAGCAGGCUCAUACAUUCUCGGCGAAAUAUCCGCCGCAAAAAUUUUUGAGCGCAGAGUGCGAAUUAUCUGGUGAUAACGAUGGGAACAAAUAUUGUCAACGUCGAAAUUCCACAAAGGUCAAGUCCACGGAGAACACCUUUUCAUAUGGAAAGGCGUGGGACACCUACUGUCUCGGUAAGAUAAUCAAGGCCUUAUAUUCCAGUUCGACGGAUAAUAAUACCGCGUUGUCCCUUCUUUCCUCUUGUCUGGAGGAAGGCGAUCAGGUGGUUGAUAAUUGCAAGAAGUUACCGCUCUCCGUUCAGAGCGUGGUUUCAGCUUUAUUAAAUCCGGAUUGGACAAAACGUCCUUCUAUCGAUGCGCUGAUUUACUCAUCUGUUCCUGUGAUGAGUUUGCACGAUGCAGCCACAACACUUCCCCUACCAGAGUGUAUUCCCGAGGUUUAUGAAUUCUUGACGGAUUUUCAUCAAGUCCUAGUGCUUCUUUUUACUCAAGACUCCAUUAAAAUAGAAGCGCUGAAUAUAUUUUCAAAGCUUGGCCAAAGAUUAGGUCAAGAUGAGACGAAAAACCACUUAUUGAAACCCAUCGUUUCCUUGUUCGAAACAUCACGUCCAUCUAUACCGCCGAGAUUAUUUGAUCGCACAAUAAUUACUCAUUUUGUGCACAGAUUUGGUGUGGCAAAUUUCUUGCAGCAACUGUUCCCUCUUUACUUGGAGGCACUCACGAUCGAGGAUAACGUUGUUCCAAUGGCAAUUGACGAUGGUGUCUUCACCGACCAAAAACUGAAACUCAUGACUGACCACGAGAGCGUGUCAAGCUCGACAUCUGCCGCGAAAAAUCCAUUGUCUAGCCUGGAUAAUGCCUUGCCGUCUGUGGCACAGUUGGCAAAUUCCGCUCUGGUCACAAUAUGCACACUGAUUGGACCAAUAUUAACAUCCAAGAAUGUAAUGAGGCAGUUAUACAAGAUGUUGCUUAAAGAGAGUACUACCUUACCUUUCUUGAUGCAAUCGAUCCUCGCUAUUGGGAAUCGUUUUGGCGAGACAUUCACUCACUUGCAAUUCGCCCAAGUGAUUCCUGUAAUACAACAGUACAGCACAUACACCAUGGACAAAAAGAAUUAUUUAAUACUGUGUAAUCAUCUGUCCUUGCUGGAAAAGCUCACCACUCUAAUGCCAAAUAGCAAAGUUCUCUCAGAGAUCGAUUCGUUAUUCUCUGAAACUUUGAUAAAGCUUCUUGUGCAAUUCAAUAAUGAGGAUAAUUUAACAUUAGAAAAGAAUGGUUCACCUACAGGCUCAGCAAUACAAAUAAUAAAAAAUAGGUUUUCUGUAAGUGUUAAGUCCGUAGAGUUCUUAUUGCACGUCUGUAAUAAUGCGACCAAAUCUGAUUGGGAAAAGCAUAUAGCGCCAAUAUUGCAAAAGUACUUUGAAUCAUUUGGAAAAUCUUUGGAAAAUUUGGGUAUUGAAGAAAGUGAGCGUCGGAAAUUGGAGCAAGAUAGAAAUCAACAGAAAGUGUACGACAAGUUAUUCCCGGAGGGUAUGUUAGAUUCUAUGCGGUGCGUUGUUACUUUUUGCCCAGAUCCUUUACUCAAGAACGCAUACAAUUCCAGUGGGGCCAUAGAACUGGCGAUGAGCGGUUCGGUAAUUCCAAAUGAGCUGUUGAUAUCAUAUCCACCUUCGUCAAAUUCUCCGGACAAUCACGCAUCCAGCGAUCGUAUUAGCGUAAGAUCAGUGUCAUCAUCGCACAAUGGCGAAAUCAAGGAAAAGAGUUCUAGCGCUCCUGGCACGCCAAAAUUUUCCGUAAACUUUGAAGACAAGAAACAUUUGACACUCAGCUCUAAGGAUGUCACCUCUAUCGUAUCCACCACCACUUCUUCGAGUCUUAGCGUGAACAGGGCGUUCUCCUCGUUUUCGAGCGAGGGCGCAAACUGCGACGGGCGGGCACUCAAAGAGCUUGACUAUGCCUUCGAAGAUUUCUCCCCCGAAUUCGGGAAUCAAAAAGAUCGAAUGGUCAAAUUAUGGUCAUUGGACGUUCAUUAUGGCAUAGAGAAUUCGAAUAGUGAACCAUCUUCGGAACCUCUGAUAUCCUACAAUGGGCAUAAAAGAUCAAUGAUCAAUGAUGUACACUUCAUUAGCGGUGGCGUUAGUUGGGGUCCUGGAGACACGAUUGCAAAAACACUGAUAGCUGUUGGAUCUACCAGCGGUGUGAUAUCAUUGUUAGAAUCAAGAACCGGAAGCUUGCUUGGAAGUUGGAAGGCCGGUGAUGCGGAUAUUGUUCAAGGCUCCCAUGUAAUUUGCAUAUGGGAUACCGACAAUAUGUCACUGGCCAACACAAUUCGAGUUGCAUCGGAAGUUGUUACUCUGAACAUGUACAAAGAAGAAGUUAUCAGUGUAAAUAAUAGCAACGCCAUUACUUUCUCACCGUUGAAUGAAAACCACCUCGAUCUGUAUGAGUCAAAUGAGAUGAAAAAUGUAACUAUGGGGUGGGGAAAACUCGACGCUUACAG